AUUGAGGCCGAGCAAAAACACAAUAUGAUAAUCUAUCGUAUUCGCAGCACAACAGAAGAGGAUGAAAUCAAGGUCAAAUCAGAUGCGAAUGAAGACUCAGACAGCGUUGAGCAAGACAAGGCUGCCGAAUCUGAUCCCGAUCAGAACUAA